UUUGUCGCCUGAGGAGUCGCUGUUGAAAUAGCAUGUUGUAGUAACCUGUGACACCUACGGUCUGGGUUGUAAAUAAUUUUCCUUUUCUUUCUUACUAAGUUAUAAGUUUGUAGGAAUUUAAGAUCAUCAGAAUCAUGGCUAAUAUUGAUAUUUGUCGCGAUUUGAAUAAUAAAAGAGAGAGUGGUGAUGAAUCUGAAGACGAAAGUGAAAAUUUAGAAGAGAGUCCAUGCGGUCGUUGGUUGAAGAGAAGAGAGGAGGUUCAGCAGCGAGAUAUACCAGGUAUUGAUGCUGCUUAUCUUGCGAUGGAUACAGAAGAAGGUGUUGAAGUUGUGUGGAAUGAAGUUUUAUUUUCAGAACGAAAGAGUUUUAGAUAUCAAGAAGAAAAGAUAAGAGGUGUUUUUGAUAGUCUAACUCAACUCGAUCAUCCAAAUAUUGUGAAGCUUCAUAAGUACUGGAUUGAUAAGGAUUCUGAAAAACCAAGAGUUAUUUUUAUUACUGAGUACAUGUCUAGUGGCUCUUUGAAACAGUUUUUGAAAAAAACUAAGCGAAAUGUUAUUAAAUUACCAAUUCAAGCUUGGAAACGUUGGUGCUCACAGAUUCUAUCUGCUUUGAGUUACCUGCAUUCUUGCGCACCUCCUAUUCUUCAUGGAAAUCUGACUUGUGAUACAAUUUUCAUUCAGCAUAAUGGGCUGAUAAAAAUUGGCUCAGUUGCACCAGAUGCAAUCCAUCAUCAUGUUAAGACUUGCCGGGAGGAUCUGAUGAAUAUGCAUUUCAUAGCACCUGAAUAUGGAAUUAAAACAUUUUCCAUGGUAACUCCUGCAGUUGACAUAUACGCUUUUGGCAUGUGUGCUUUGGAGAUGGCUGCCCUAGAAAUUUCAGGAAAUGGGGAAUGUGGAAGUCAAGUGACUGAAGAUGUUGUGAAUCGAACCAUUGAAGCUUUGGAAAAUCCUUUACAAAAGGAUUUUAUAAAACAAUGUCUCAGAAAAAGUGCUUCAGAACGGCCAUCAGCUCGAAAAUUGUUAUUCCAUCCUGUAAUAUUUGAAGUUCAUUCUCUUAAACUGCUCGCAGCUCAUGUAAUAGUGAAUACUGCAUCUUAUCAACCAGAUCAGUUAACUGAUGAAGCACUGCGUUCCAGAUAUAAUCAUCAAACAGAUAUCAUAGCUUAUGUGCCAUAUAAAGGAGGUAAACCAGGCCCAUCUUUAACAAGAACAAGUGUUCCAAAGCUAGAGGUUGAAAAGUUUCUGGAUGAUGUGAGGAAUGGAAUAUAUCCCUUGACUUCCUAUGCUGCCACACAUCGUCCUGUUAUACAGCAAAGAACUUCUUCACCAGAAAUGUCAGACUCUAUGAAAUUGAAAUCUCCUGAAGCUUAUGAACUAGAAACUCGAAGAAUAAUUAAUAUCAUGUGCAACAUAAAGCCUCAAGAAGAAAGCCAAAACUUAAUGAUGACGGUUCUAUUGAGGAUGGAUGAUAAAAUGAAUAGGCAGCUGUCAUGUGAAGUUACACAAAAAGAUACGCCUUCUGAUUUGGCUGAAGAAUUGGUAUUUCAUGGUUUCAUUAAUCAGGCUGAUCGUGAAAUGGUUGCUACUUUAAUUGGUGAUACAUUAAGCCGUAGGCAUAUUCCUGACCUUCCUGUUAUAGCACCAGGUAAUACAACAUAAUGAAGCCAAGCAUUUUAGAAUAUUCAUCUGUGUAGUUGUCAUUGCUCAAAAUUAUUCGUGCCAUGUGUUGAGAACACUUGUAAUUUGCUUCCAUUUGAAAGGUUGGUAUUGUAUUCUUUGUGUUAUAAAGAUGAUUGGUAUUUAUAUUCCUUGUGUUACCAAUUUGGACAAGUCUGAAUGUACUUUUCAAAACCAUGUGGUUGGGUCUUGAACAAAAGUUUCUAGGCCUUAAGCAAUGGUAUAUUGAUAUUCUAGUGUUUUUUGUAUUGGCAAUAUGGACAAGUCAACCUGUUUCAUAUGUUUACUGUGUGGUCAGUUUGUCUAGAUAAGCAUGCUAGGUUCUAGGCAAUGGUAUAGGUAUAGAAUGUAGUACUUUAAUUAUGCUUUAUUGCAUAAAUGCAGAAUGCAAUAAAAUAUGUUUUAGAGAAUGUGUUGAAAGUAUGUUUACUACCUGCUAAACGUAUUUUCAAAGUACCAUUAAAACUAAUAACUUGAAUAAAAAUGAGUAUUUUUGUACAUUCUUACUAAUGUACAAAAGUAAUUCUCUAUCUGUACUUUUGUUACUCAGCUCUCAAAUAUCCGUUGACAGAUUUAUACAAGAAUAUUCAAGUAGGUAGGGAAUGUCUGAGAUUAGGCUAGAGGCCACCCGGCAUCCCAAAUUUCAUACAUGUUCUCUAGCAUGAUAAUAUCAGUGAAUUUUUAUAGUUAUAUUAAAUUUUUCUAUUGUCUCGCAUUUAUCACAUUUUUUUUGGCAUUGACCUCAAUCCAUGUUAAAUGCAAAGUGUGAUAAAUGAGAGUAUUAUAAACUAUACUAUGGUAAAGUAAUGUGAUGCCAUUAUGUAAUGAAUGUAGCAGCCUUUAGCAUGCUCUAAUAGAUUACUGUUGCAGCUACAUAAUUAUUUUUCACAGUUUCUGAAAAUCUGAUAGAGCAUUUUUAAAUGUACCUGAAAAUUUGGUGAACUCUAGAGAAACCAACAUAUAAUUGAGAAACCAUAGUACAUUAUUACAUGACUGCCAUUUUAUAUUUACUGACCAUGUGAUAUCUAUCCAGGUACAAUAGGGUGACAGUGCUAAUAUAUCUUAAAUGCUAAGUAUUUUAGUGUAAAAAAUUGAUUUAGAUUGCAAAAAUUUUAUUGUGUUUAUUUGUGUGAUUAAUUGAAUAUGGCAAAGCACAUAAGAACUACAUAUGUAAGGGAUGUUUUCCUGAAGGACUUUAUGAGGUAAAUGGGCUUGUAAAGGAUGCAUGGGGAAAGUAAUGAAUAUAGCCUGCGUCACUAGGAUUGAAACUUGUAUCAGACUACCAGAUUUAAGUGUUCAUAUACAUUUCCCCAUUCAUCGGCCAAAUUUGAUUUUAGUUGCAAAGCUUAAAAUUUAUUAUAUGUGAGCUGAAAUACAUUAAACACUAUGAAAUGUAUAAAAUGGUUUUAUUUGAAAGGAUAUACUUAGAAUAGUUGAUGCAAGACCAUAAGAUUGUAGGAUUAUUACUUUUUAUGAAUACAUGAAAUUAAAGGAACAGUAUAGUAAAAAUGCCUUUUGCUUACAUUACUGAUACAAAACCUAUUUUCAUUUCUUUCUAACUUAUAUAGAUUGUAUACAGUUUUAACAAACUUUUUUCUUCAUUUUUUGUUCACACAGUUAUUAAUUAUGUUUUACUGAGACUGGUUAAAUUGUUUCAGUUGAAUAUUUUAAAACCUUAUGGCUGUAUUCAUGGUUAAAACAGUAAUUUUAUCAAAGGAACGAAAAGUUGAAAUUCUAGGGCAUUUACAAGUGUGCAAAAAUUCUGUGGCAUAGGAAUUGCACUAAAAAUUUCAGGAGAAAUUUGUGUCCUUAAUAUUUAAACUUUAAAUGUUAAAAUUAAUUAUCUAUUGAACUAACCCAGUAUUAAUAAUGGAAAUUAAAGAAGAAUAAGGAAAAAGCAAGUUUCCAAAUUCAAUUGAGCAAUUACAGCAAAAUCUCAAAUUAGACUUUAAGUCAUGGGAAUGCAGGUUGUAAUAAAAUUGCUACUCUAUUCUUAAUCAAUAAGUCUUUAGGGGGCAGCAGAAAUUUAUUGCAGUGAGAACUAUUCUUACAUCUCCUUAUUGUUUGUUAAUGAAAAAGGAAUAUUUUCUUAAAAUCAUAAUUCUUGGUGUGAUUUCAGUUUGAAAUUCAUAUACUGUAAAAUAUUUUCUUAAUUUUCUGGAAAUGUGUGUUAUAUUUAUUUUCAGUAAUUAUGUGAAGUCUGUUUUUAAACUGUUUGUCUUAUAGCACAAUUUUAUCAAGCCUUAAUGUUUUUAUGUUCUAAAAUACGAUAAAGUAUCUUUUCAGAAAUUAAAUGACUAAUUUUCUUAACUUUUGUGUAUAGGUAAAAGAUUUGUUUUUGAACAUUAUAAAAAGUAAAAUUAUUUGUAAUGACAGAAAAAACCUUUGAUAAGGACGUUGCUUGAAAAGUGUCUAAGAUAUCAAGAAACUGAGGAUGUAAGUCUCAAAGCAUUUAUUAGAAUAUAAAUCAUAACCUUUUCCUCUCUACUAAUUCUAUUUACUGUUUGAUAUAUAUUAUAUUGAAGUGGUAAUAUAAUCACUUUAACCUUGGACAUAUUUUACUGCAUUAAUGCAGUACAUUUACAUAAAUAUUUUUAUGUUAAAUAAAAAGUACAAAAGUCCCUCAAUAUAAUUGUGGAAUAAACUGUAAACAUGCUUGCUGAUCUUAAACUAUACUUUGAAGCCAUGAUUAAUCAUCAAAAAUUUUCUUUGGGGGGAUGCUGUUAUUAAAUUUAUCGUCUAGUAAAAUAAGUGAAUAAAUACAUUGUGCUUGUGUGAAAAUGUGUAUUUUUUGGUACUGAAGCCUUUGCCAUUGCCUAGUUUGCUUUGUAUGUAAAUCAGCCUUGUGUAUGAUUUGUUAAAUAGAGUAUUCUUAGGUGUGAGAUAGUUGAAAAUUUAUAUUUUAUGAAUCAUCUGUGGAGCUAAUCACAUAGUGAUCAAUGUUAAAAUUUAUAUAUGUUUGUGACUUUUGUUUAAUUAAAAAUUCUAUGAUAGCAUUUAAUGGUUAAAACUGGCAUUUCAAGUCAUUUCAGUUAUUUUACUUAUUGCUUCCUGUGAAUUUGUAACUGAAUGUUAUGUCUUUCACUUGUAAUACAUGCUGUUUGCAGCAUCUUGAUGUGCUGUACCUUCAUUUUGUAAUCUUUUUUAAUGCAGAUUUACUUGUAAAUGGUUACAUUUUAAAAAAUAACGAUGUGAAACAUUAACUAAUAAAUGAAAUGUGAUAUUUGUAUUUUUCAUUUUAUUUAAUGAACUGAUCUGAAUGGGAGUUGCGUAUAGAAUACAGAACCUUAAUGUUAUUGUAAAUGAGCUUGAAUGCCAUUUUAUGAAAGAGCUUGAUUUUAUCUUGUUAUUUGCUGUACUGUUGUAGCAAAGACUGAAAAUAUGUUUAAAAUGUUUGUAGGAAUUAUAGUAUAUUUUUUGUUUUCAAAGUUACUUAUCUUUUGUUACUUUCAUAUAAUUAACAUGGAUUUAGAGAAUUUGAAAUUUCUGCUCAUGUUUGGUAUUUAUAUUUAAGUUGUAUUUCAAACAAGAUACAAGGAAAUGAAUUUCCUUGAUAAUGAGCUCAUAUAUUUUUGAAUAAAUAUUUUUGGUAGUUAAAUUUGAAGAUAAAAUUUUAAUAUUCUGGACUGUAUAUUAUAUUAGAGAAUUUAUUGUUUAUUUUGUGUAGUAUUUACAAGUAGCUUACUGCCCUUUGGUAAUGUUAUUUUUCGUCUUUUACUUCGAUCAUAUCAUAACUAUAUAUAUGUGUGUGUGUAAGUUAAAUAAAAGAUAAAUUAUAAUUUAUAUUACCAAUAGCUUCUUAAUGCGAAAAUAAUUUCCACUCUUUAUUCUAAAAAUAGUAAUUUCUUUCUGCACUGCCACACUAAUCUAUGUAUGUAACUCUUAUAUAAGACUGAAGAUGUUAACCCUCUCACUGCGUAAUUUUUUUUUAUCAAAAUAGGUUUGAAAAUUGCAUAUUUCAAAUCUACAUAUAUUUUAAAGUUAAUAUACAAAAAGUUUUUUUUUUUUUUUUUUUUUUUUUUUUUUCCCCCCCAGUUUAGAAUUAGCUCAUAAAAAAAGGUUGUCGGAAAGUUUAAACUGAAGAAUAAUCAUAUAAAAGAAAAAUUUUGAAAAUUAAUCUUGGUUAAAUUAUGAUUUAUUUUAUAAAAUAUAAUGGUAAAAUGUUUAUACUAAUGAAAAUAUGCAAAAUAUUUAUAAAACAUUUAUUAGAAAUGAAGAGUAAAAUGAUAAACUUUGAAACAAGGCUUGAGGCAUCCUAACUCCUCAUCUUUGCACCAAAUGCGCAUUUCUUUGAGAAUUUUUUUGCCAGUUUCAAUUCUUUUGUUUAGAAACAAACAGCACAAUGUCUAAGAGUUUCUUUCUUGAUGAAAUUGGGGGAUAUAUAUCUAGCAAAUUGUCGAGCAGUUAGUCUCAUGUGAUUGAGAGUUGAACUACAGAUAUCUUCGAGCUUUGAAAAGAGCACACAAAGUGGUGCAAAAUGUGUUUGUAUAUUUUGCAAAAAUAUAGACAACUAAUGCCAUCUGUUAACCCAAGAUCUGAAUAAAUAAUUAAACAUCACAGAAAAGCCGGAAUGAAACCAUGAACGGGAAAAGGUUGCACAGUUAAAUAAACAAAAAACAUGCAUCUCCGCGGAAAUCAUGGGUUGCACAAAUUUUGCUACUUCUAUGUUGCCUGUGGAAACCGUGAGAUAUGCAGCGAGAGCGUAUGGAACUAAAACUCAAAACAGAAAAUAAUAAUUAUAUAGCAGUAUUAAUUAUCCAAUCAAAAUGCAUUGAAAACCAAAACUCACUCAAGUCUGAAUUAAGAGUUCUUCCUGAACACAAAACAUUACAUUUUGGCCUAGCUGAAGUGCUGCCUGCUACUGUCUUCUUAUUGGAAAUCUGUCAAAAGUGUACAAUUUGAAAAUAGGUACAAGGAAUGUGCAAAGUUGUUUGUGGCCAUGUGUUUUUUAAAAUAAAGGUAAAUAUUUAAUUUUCCUCAGCUGCCAAUGUUCUACGUCAGGGCUUCUUAAACUUUUUUUCAGUCGCAACCCCUUUUUAUCAUAGAUUUUUCCCGCAACCCCUGGACCCCAUAAUGCUUACGAAAAUUUUGUAAGACUCCAUAAACAUUGCGCAAAUCCCACACACACCGGAGUGAAACUGUCAAUUUUUUCACUUUACUGUAAUAUACUAUUGCAGUUUUAAGUCAUUAAUCUCUAAUUUUAAGACAGAACAAUGUGAAAACUUUAAAUAAGUAACAAAUGAAAUGACAGCAUCACUUGCAAAGCACGUAAAAUAAACGUUUAUAUUAUAAAACAAAUGCGUCGAAACGUUUGCGUUUUAUCUAUUUUCAGGUACAUUGUGUAAAAAUAUUUGGUAAUUGUAAAAUCAUUAUAAGUUAAAUAUCAAAAUUGGUAAAAUUUUUGGCAAUUCACAGUUUAAGAAACUGUGUUCUAUGUAAUCAAAAUUCCUGCUGUUCAUUAUGGAGUCGAUAUUCUAAACCAUCAAUAUUGCAAUCUUUUUCAUUAUACACACAUAUAUAUAUAUAUAUAUAUUUCAUUCCUGUAAUGAGUUUAUUUUAUUAAUUUUUUUUAUAUAUAUAAGCUUUUUGAACCUGAUUACUUAAAAAUCAGUUUUCAGUUUCUGAUUAUGAGGAUCAAGAUUUAAAAGACAUGUUCAUUUUGUUUUCAAUGUCUUUUUUGUGUUAUUUUUUUCAUUGUUUACGUAUAAGAUUUUGAUGAAUAAAAAUUGUUCUAAAACUUAAAUUUGUUUGAUUUUUUUAUCUACAUAUACAAGUAUACUUAUUAAGGAAUUAUAGGCUUUUCUCCAUUAUUCUGGUGAAAAGCAAAAAUGAUUUAGAUACUUAUUCCAAAUAUUUUUUAUUUAUGGUAAAGGCUUUCCUUUAAAUGUGCAUGCAAGAAUUGUUUUUGUUUCCAAACUACAAGCCCUGUUAUUAAAUUUCACAUAUGGAAAUGCCAGUUAUAUUCUGUACUGCUGAAAGAA